AUGUCACCAUCUGCUCAUUCUUCAUCUGAUAAGAAACAAUCAGGUUUGGCCAGAGUCUUGGGUUCUGCCACUGCUGGUAUUGCAGAAAUUGGUGUUUUCCACCCAGUUGAUACCAUUUCCAAAAGAUUGAUGUCCAACCAUACCAAGGUUACUUCUUUACAUCAAUUAAAUGAAGUUAUUUUUAGAGAUCAAGCUUCUAAACCAUUUGGCAGACGUAUCUUCACUUUGUUCCCUGGUUUAGGUUAUGCUGCCUGUUACAAAAUCUUGCAAAGAGUUUACAAAUAUGGUGGUCAACCAUUUGCUAAUGAAUUUUUAACCAAAAACUUUAAAGAUUCUUAUGAUUCAGCUUUUGGUGCUAAAAACGGUAAAGCUUUGUUGAGUGCCACUGCUGGUUCUUUGAUUGGUAUUGGUGAAGUUGUCUUGUUACCAUUGGAUGUUUUGAAAAUCAAACGUCAAACUAAUCCAGAAUCUUUCCGUGGUAGAGGUUUCUUGAAAAUUAUUAAAGAUGAAGGUUUCGGAUUAUACAGAGGUUGGGGAUGGACCAUGGCUAGAAAUGCUCCAGGUUCAUUUGCCUUGUUUGGUGGUAACUCUUUUGCCAAAGAAUACAUUUUCGGAUUGAAGGAUUACUCUCAAGCUACUUGGUCUCAAAACUUCAUCACUUCUAUCUUUGGUGCUAGUGCUUCAUUAAUUGUCUCUGCCCCAUUAGAUGUUAUCAAGACCAGAAUCCAAAACAGAAACUUUGAAAACCCAGAAUCUGGUGUCACUAUCUUGAAAAACAUGUUGAAGAAUGAAGGUAUCACUGCUUUCUUCAAAGGUUUGACUCCAAAAUUGUUGACCACUGGUCCUAAAUUGGUCUUCUCCUUUGCUUUGGCUCAAUCUUUGAUCCCAGCUUUUGAUAAAUUGUUAACCAAAUAA